CUUGUAAACAGCGCUGUGGUGGGCAUUGCAGUAUUGGACCGCACGGCGUGGUUCACGCCACGUGCUUCCUCCACCAUUGCUUUUUCCGCUCUGACGCCAUCCACUCCAUCUUUCGCAACUUCGCAUCUCCUCAUCUCCAUCUCAUUUCAUCUCAUGUUCCGCCCUUCACUUGCCCGCGCUCUCCGCGCGACGCCGCGCUCCACUCCUUGCGCUGCGCGUCCCCUCUCGCGCACGCUCAUCUCCCUCCCCCGCCUCACCUCCCCUAAACUCUCCUCCGCCCGCCCCCUCCCCCGCCCCUCCCGCACGCCCACCUCCUUCUCUCGCGCGGCAAGCAGCACACCGCACGGCGACCCCUCCGUCGCGCCGGAUAUUGAGGUCCGCGACCUCACUGAUGAAGAGUACCACGCCCUCGCGGACGAGAGCAUGGACGUGCUGCAUGAACACCUCGAGAUGCUCUGCGAGGAUUUUGGACCGCCCGAAUGGGAGGUGGAGUACAGUUCCGGCGUCAUGACCCUCACACUGCCGCCGCAUGGGACAUAUGUGAUCAACAAGCAGCCGCCGAACCACCAGAUUUGGGUGUCGUCGCCAUUCUCGGGCCCCGCGCGCUUCAGUAUGGCGCCUGAUGGUGUGUGGGUUCAUCACCGCCGGAAGGGUGUACAGCUUGGCUCGCUGCUCGACGGCGAGCUGAAGAAGCUUGUGGAUGGCGAGUGGGAGGGCGUGGGAUUGAAAUAGCUGAUGAAGUGCAUCUGCAUAGGCGAUCAGUGUCUCAAGGCCACACGAAGGUGUAACCGUUAGAUGCCAUGCCAUGCAAUGAGUGGUGUAAUGUACAACAACCUGCGCCUCCAAUC